CGGGGGUGACGGGACCAAGGAGUCGUGAGAGGGGUCGUCGUCCCUGCUGCACAGAGGCUGUUCUCAGUCUCGGCGACACCGUCAGGGGUGACCCGCACCAGGGCUGGGAAAAGGGACCGCCGUGCCCGGGUCCCACACCUGUCGCCCGCCGCUCCCAGCCCCGUUCCGCCCACAGAGUCACAUGGCGGCGGCCGCGCUGAGGGACCCGGCUCAGGUCCCCAUUGCUGAAGAAACACUUGUGGAACAUAUGCAGGGAAGUGCAGGCAAUGUAACCUUUGAGGACGUGGCCGUGUACUUCUCCUGGGAGGAAUGGGGGCUCCUUGAUGAGGCUCAGAGACAUCUGUACCACAGUGUGAUGCUGGAGAACUUUGCUCUUAUAUCCUCACUGGGUUGUUGGUGUGGUGUGCGUAAUGAGGCACCUUGUGAGCAGCAUGGUUCUGUGGAAAGAAUGUCACAAAUCUGUACUCCAGUGCCAGAUUCAUCAACACAGCAAGCUCAUCUCUGUGAGAUGUGUGUACCUAUUAUGCAAGAUAUUUUGUACCUGGCUAAACACCAAGGAACACAUAGUAGGCAGAAAUUGUACAUGUGUGGGACAUGUGGGAAACAAUUCUGUUUCAGUACAAACCUUUACCAACACCAGAAGGGGCAGAGUGGAGAGAAACUCUACAGAAAUGACACAGACAGGGUGUCCUCUGUGAAGAGUUACAGAAUCCAUGCAUCAGGGAAGCCUUUCACCUGUGGGGAGGUUGGGAACAACUUCCCAGCCAAUGUGGGCCUUCUUCAGUAUCAGGCCACUCCCAAAGGGGUGAAGCCACAAGGCAUUACUCAGCGUGAAGCCUUUCACAGUGGAAAAAGUCACAAAUGUGAAUGUGGGAAAGCCUUCUGCCGCAAACAUACACUUACUCAGCACCAGAGAAUCCACACUGGAGAAGGACUGUAUGACUGCAGUGAAUGUGGGAAAACCUUCAGCUACAAGCAUACAUUGGUUCAGCACAAGAAAAUCCGCACUGGAGAAAGACCUUUUGAGUGUAACGAAUGUGGUAAGGCAUUCAGGUUCAAAUAUAAACUUGUUCAGCACCAGCGUAUUCACACUGGAGAACGGCCUUAUGAGUGUGCUGAAUGUGAGAAAGCUUUUAGGUGCAAAUCCAAACUUGUUCAGCACCAGAGAAUUCACACAGGAGCAAGACCUUAUGAGUGUGCUGAAUGUGGGAAAUUCUUUAGACAAAGCUCCAGCCUUGUUCAACACCAGAGAAUUCAUACUGGAUCAAGGCCUUAUGAAUGUGGCGAAUGUGGAAAAUCCUUUAGCCAAAGCUCUAAUCUCAUUCAUCAUCGAAGGGUUCACACUGGAGAGAGGCCUUAUGAGUGUGGGGAAUGUGGGAAAUCUUUUAGACAAAGUUCCAGCCUUAUUCAACACCGGAGAAUUCACACAGGAGUAAGGCCUUAUGAAUGCAGUGAAUGUGGGAAAUCUUUCAGCCGCAAGGACACACUUGUCCAGCACCAGAGAAUCCAUAGUGGAGAAAAGCCUUAUGAGUGCAGUGAAUGUGGGAAAGCCUUCAGCCGAAAAGCCACACUUGUCCAGCACCAAAGAAUUCAUACAGGUGAGAGGCCUUAUGAGUGCAGUGAAUGUGGAAAAACCUUUAGUAGAAAAGACAAUCUUACUCAACAUAAGAGAAUCCACACUGGAGAGAUGCCGUAUAAGUGCAGUGAAUGUGGUAAAUAUUUUAGCCAUCACUCCAACCUAAUAGUACACCAGAGAGUUCACAAUGGAGCAAGGCCUUAUAAGUGCAACGAUUGUGGGAAAGUCUUCAGACAUAAGUCCACACUUGUUCAGCAUGAGAGUAUCCACACUGGAGAAAAUCCUUAUGAUUGCAGUGAUUGUGGGAAAUCCUUUGGCCACAAAUACACCCUCAUUAAACAUCAGAGAAUUCACACUGAGGCAAAGCCUUUUGAGUGCGUUGAAUGUGGGAAGUUCUUUAGUCGAAGCUCCGACUUUAUUGCACACCAGAGGGUUCAUACUGGAGAAAGGCCUUUUGUGUGCAGCAAAUGUGGAAAAGAUUUCAUCAGAACCUCCCACCUUGUUCGGCACCAAAAAGUUCACACUGGAGAAAGGCCAUAUGAGUGCAGUGAAUGUGGGAAAGCCUACAGUUUGAGCUCCCACCUCAUUCGGCACCGGAAAAUUCACACUGCAAGAAGGCUUUAGGAGUGCUUUCAGUGCAGCAGGACUCAUCAGUGAGAUGUUGAAUGUCAUGUAUCUGAACAUUCACCCAGGGGAGUUAACUUAUGAGUGCGAGGUACAUGGGAAGCU